CCCAUAUCCGUAAACUCAGAAACACCCGACCCACCCAUUUUACCGCCUUCAAAGUAGAGAUCUGUUAAACACUCCUGGUGGCGUGUUGGCUUCCACCAUCACUCUCCUCUGUCUCUGCGAGUUUCAAAAGCGGUAAAAAUGACUACCGCCAUGGGACCUCCACCCCCAAGAAACCCCAAUCCACAAUCAUCCUCUACUGGCGCCGCUACCACAGAACCGGAACCUAAAAUCCUCGACACACCUCAAAACUCUUCCACAACAACAAUGAAAAUCGCCAUGGGCCCACCUCCACCGCCGGCCCCAAAAAACUCUGACAUUCCCGAACCGGAAACUGUCGAAAAAACAGAAUCGAAUUCGCUCAAUUCCGAUACGACGCAACUCAAGGAACAAAUCGCGAAGCAGUCCUCGGUGCCUUACACCAUUCCUGAAUGGAGUGGGCCUCCUUGCCAUAAGUUUUACCUUGAAGUUCUCAAAGAUGGUUCCAUUGUUGAUCAAUUGGACAUUUGCGAGAAAGGGGCUUAUAUGUUUGGGCGUGUAGAUCUCUGUGACUUUGUUCUUGAGCACCCAACCGUUUCUCGCUUUCACGCCGUUCUACAGUUCAAAAGAAGUGGAGAUGCCUACCUUUAUGACAUUAACAGCACGCAUGGUACUUUUGUUAACAAGUGCCAGGUUGAGAAAAGAGUUUAUGUGGAAUUGCAUGUUGGUGAUGUCAUUCGGUUUGGCCAUUCCUCUCGAUUAUACAUUUUUCAAGGACCACCUGAAUUGAUGCCACCGGAAAAAGACUUGAACAUUGUCAGAGAGGCUAAGAUCCGUCAGGAGAUGCUUGAUCGGGAAGCUUCACUGCGACGAGCAAGAGCAGAAGCAUCUCUUGCUGAUGGUAUCUUAUGGGGCAUGGGAGAGGAUGCUAUUGAAGAAGAUGAGGAUGAUGGAGAUGAAGUCACUUGGCAAACCUACAAAGGACAACUUACAGAGAAGCAAGAGAAAACCCGUGAUAAAAUAAUCAAACGAAAUGAAAAGAUUGCUCAUAUGAAGAAAGAAAUAGAUGCUAUUCGUGCUAAAGACAUUGCUCAAGGUGGGUUGACACAGGGGCAGCAAACUCAAAUUGCUCGUAAUGAACAAAGAAUGACACAGAUCCUGGAAGAACUGGAAAACUUGGAAGAGACAUUAAAUGAAAGUAUCAGAGAAAGUAUUGGUGCACGUGCUGGAAGAAGAUCUGGUGGUAUGAGAAAGGGAACAGCAGAAGAUGAUGAAGAGUUGUCAAGUGACGAUGAUGAAUUCUAUGACCGGACAAAGAAGCCUUCAAUGCAAAAGGCGAGUGCAAAUCAAUCAGUUGAAACUGCUGAUACUCUUCUUGACAAGAGAGAUUCCAUCCUGAAGGAAAUGGAAAAGAAAAAGCAGCUGCUUUUGAUUGAGAAAAAUAAAAUAUCAUCUGAAACUUUGGAAGAAACUGAAGCUGGUGACGCUCUUGAUGCUUACAUGUCAGGGGUGUCAUCACAACUAGUGCUUGAUAUGGAGAAAAAGUUGUCUGCUCUCCAAUCUGAACUGGAUAGGGUCUUCUUCCUAUUGAAAAUUGCUGAUCCAUCAGGAGCAGCAGCUAAGAAAAGGGAUUCAAGAGUGGAAGAAGUGAAUUCUGAUAAAUGUAAAGCUGAAGUACCUUCUGCUACUACUAAAAAGCAACCUGCUGCAGAACCAAAGAAAAGCAGUGGGAUGGGAGAACCCAUAGCUGCCUCUUUGAUGAAAGAGAAAACUCCAGAUUCCAGGGUUGGUGCCAAAGAAUCAGAAAAGAAGCCAGAACCUGACAAGAUUGCCAUCAAUGCACCUGAUGUUAAACCUGCUGUUUAUACUGUUGUGAAGCCUCAAUGGCUUGGUGCAGUCAAUGAUACAGAAAUGAAAGAGAUCAAACAAGAAGUAUUGAAUAUAGAUGACUCUGACGAGUUUGUUGAUUACAAAGACAGGCAAAAAAUCCUGAUAAAUUCUGAUGGUGCACAAGGCAAGGACGAUUCUGACCUUGAAAGUGCUGCUCCUGGUCUGAUAAUAAGGAAGCGGAAAGAAACUGAGGAACCUGGAGACGAUGGUAAAAAGGCUACUGCUGAACAGUCCAUAACAUCCUCUAUGGAAGCUGAGCUUACAGCAGAAGAUGCUGUAGCAUUGUUACUGAAGCAUAAAAGAGGGUAUCAUGCAGAAGAUGAGGGAGGUGGACAUCAAAGCCAAGAGAGAGGCAGAAGUCAACAUAAUAAAGAUAGAAAAAAGCAAAAAAGAGUACUUGGUCCUGAGAAACCAUCAUUUCUCAACAGCAAUUCAGAUUAUGAUUCCUGGGUGCCUCCUGAAGGACAAUCCGGUGAUGGGCGAACUUCUCUGAACGAUCGAUAUGGAUACUAAGUGGACAUGCUUGGCUUUUCGUGAUAUUUGUCCAUGAACGUGAUCUAUCAUGGCGAACAUGUUUUAGGAGGAAAAGGCGACACUAUGCUCUUCUUUGUGAUGUCAGUUAUCUGUUCAAAUCAGAAGCAUCCAGCAAAGUAAUGUGAUUUUGUUCAGCACUCAACAAGGCAAAUAUAGAGAGGUGGCUGAAAGUUGCUUAAUGUCAUCAUUGAUCUGAUUGAAUUUGGUGACACUAUUUCAAAGCUCUAGGUCGGAUACAUACAUCAGGGAUUAUUUCUUGAAGGAUAUGGUUCCGAGAUAUAUACCUCUUUGUAUUUGAUCUUGUCAUGAAGCAUUUUUAUAUACUCCGGUGCAGAAUCAAACCAUUGUACUGACUGAUACUCAAGUCUCAAUAAAAAGAUCUCUCCACUGUACAUGAAGCCCAGAUUCUGAAACUGUAUGCCCUGUUUCCUUUCACUGUCCAGGUAAUAAUAUCCAUGCAUCAAAUAGGUAGGGACUACUACAGUAUGUAACCCAGCGGGGAAAUCUCUACCUGCAAAUUUCUGCUGAGGGAUGAAAUGCCGGAAUGGAAUUUAGGUUAUCUCAUUGACAAUUUAUCACUUUCAAUAUUAUUCACUUCAAACAUUAGCUAACAAUGCACAGAAGUGAAUAAAUCACACUCGCAUGCUGUAUCUAUGUUUACUUGUAGACAAAAGUUUGUAUUUAUAUAUGUAUUAUUCUCUAAUAUUUUAGAAUUAGCAAUUUUGAUACCUAUUUUAAGUA